CCAGAAUUUAAAAAUGGCGACUCGGUUCUUGGCGCAUCUACCUACAAAAUAACAAAUUAACGUUGAAAAGAAUUUGAAUUUAAGCCUUUAUAACAGGGUACCAUGCCACCAAUCAUUGAUUCCCACAUGGGAAUGCCUGGUGGGGCCCCAGGAGGGGGCACUAUCCCCCUGGCGACUCUGAUUGACUACAUUGUACAGAGAACUUACCAUGAGUUAACAGUGCUUUCAGAACUACUUCCCCGUAAGACAGACAUGGAGAGAAAGGUAGAGAUUGUCCAGUUUGCCAGCCGGACCAGACAGCUGUUUAUACGGCUACUGGCUCUGGUCAAGUGGGCCAGCAGCGCCACCAAGGUGGACAAGUGCUCGGAGAUCUGUAGUUUCCUGGAGAACCAGUCCAUGUGGUUUGUGGAGACGGCGGACAUGUUGGCCAAAAUGGCGCGAGAAACACUGGUCAACGCAAGGCUGCCCACGUUUUCCCUGCCCUGUGCCAUUGAUGUCCUGACCCUGGGGACGUAUCCCAGGCUCCCCUCCUGUAUCCGGGACAAGAUUGUUCCCCCUGAUGCUAUAACCUCAGCUGAGAAAAGACAGACCUUACAGAGAUUGACACAAGUCAUACAGUACAGGCUAGUGGCAACAGAUCUCCCUCAACAGAUGAGGAAGCUUAAAGUGGAAAAUGGUCGGGUGAAAUUUCAUGUUGAACAUGAAUUUGAGGCCACGUUGACCUUGAUGGGGGACAGUCCUAAGAUUCCGUGGAGAUUACUGGACAUCAGUCUACUGGUGGAGGAUCCAGAAACUGGGGGUGUGUAA